UUUUCAUUCUCAACUCCCUCCCCUCUUUCUCCCUUGUUCCAGGAAGCACAUCAUCAUCAUCUUCCCAAUAUUUCUAGAGAGAGAAAGUGAGAUAUAGAGAGAGAAACUUAGAGAUAUGGAAGGUGAAACAAGAUCAAGAUUCAAUAGAAUAUGUGUCUUCUGUGGAAGCAGCCCAGGAAAGAAAGCAGGUUACCAGGAAGCUGCUAUUGAUCUUGGCAAAGAACUGGUGGAAAGAAGGAUUGAUUUGGUCUAUGGAGGUGGCAGCGUGGGUCUCAUGGGUCUUGUUUCUCAGGCAGUUCAUGAUGGUGGGCGUCAUGUUCUAGGGGUUAUACCAAGGACUCUAAUGCCUAGAGAGAUAACGGGUGAGACGGUUGGUGAAGUGAAAGCAGUGGCGGAUAUGCACGAAAGAAAAGCUGAGAUGGCUCGUCAAGCUGACGCCUUUAUCGCUCUUCCGGGUGGUUAUGGCACUCUUGAAGAACUGCUAGAAGUCAUCACAUGGGCUCAACUCAAAAUCCACCAUAAACCUGUUGGUCUGUUGAAUGUGGAGGGUUACUAUAACUCAUUGUUGUCUUUCAUAGACAAGGCUGUUGAUGAAGGCUUCAUCUCGCCGAUUGCUCGCCGGAUAAUUGUCUCCGCCCCAACCGCUAAACAGUUGGUCAGACAGCUUGAGGAAUUUGUUCCCGAGUAUGAUGAAAUCGCAGCAAACUUGAGUUGGGACGAGGUGGAUAGACUAAGUUAUGUACCCGAGGCAGGAGUUCAAACGUAAGAUACGGUGAUAUUAGUAGUCGGGUUAUAUAUACACACGAUUUAGGUAUAUAUUGGUUCUGUAAUGAACGUACCACUAUAUAUAGGCUUAUGAAAUGGUACAUCUCCGCGGGCAUGGUGCCUCUUUUGGUUUAGUCUUGGAAAUUUUAUGUAUAUGAUAUGGAGAUGACACUUUGGUUUUAACCUUUUGCAAGUUUAACGAUUAUAUAUUUUAAUAUUUACAUU